AGUACCAGGUACCAGGGCCGCAGGUAGCAAGGCCUAGCGUGUUGCCUGGUGCUGUCAUCGUUGUUUACUGCCUGUGGGUGGAGAGAGACAUACAACAGGAGAUAGAUAGUAUCAAAGAUGCGGCGCUCCGUGGUUUUAGCUUGUAUCGCGCUGACCCCAGGCGUAGCGUUCAAUCCAAAUAAUCAAGCGCGGUUGCGCAUGCAGCAGGGCUUUGGAAAGCAAUCACAGAGCAAGACUCCAGCAAAGCUCAAGACGCCAGCAAAGGCACCACCCCCGGCCGUUCCGAAACAGACCCCUGUGAGAGCAGGAGAACUGCCGGAGGAUGCCUUCUCGCAGUUUCCGCCUUUGACCCAAGAGCAGAAGCAAACCCUCGAGAAAGCUCCAGGGGGCAAGGCAACGGACUUCCCUGUCGAGGUGGCGGAUCGGAUUAGAGAACGACACGGCUUUGAGCACUUCGACGAAAAGUUGUUCCCGGGCAUCCGUCUUCUACACGCGGACCCCGUUGUAUUUGAAGUGGAGGGAUUUUUCACACCUCAAGAGUGCGAUGCGUACAUCGCGAUGUCCACGUUGAAAAAAUCGGGGCGGCGAAAAGGAGGCCUCGUGCCUACGGAGCUGCAGAGCGCAACUACUAGCUCUCAAUUCCAGCAGCAGCGGACGUCAACCACUUGGUUUCACCAUUACGCGUCGGCCCCAGAGCUGGUGGCGAAGGCAUCGUUGCUCUUGGGUGUAGACGACUACUGCAAGUGGGAAGAGCCUCAGACUGUUCGAUACCGACCAGGCGAGAGAUUCAAUUGGCACCUGGAUGCGCUCCCUCCCAGCGAAUGCGGAGCGAGCAAGGGGGGUCAACGAACAGCUACGGUCCUUGUGUACUUGACAAAUAUGCACGCAAACGGCGGAGGGGCGACGGCAUUUCGUGAUCUGGGGCCUCUUCGUGUUCGACCCAAGAAGGGGAAAUGCUUGGUGUUCUUCCCCUCGUUUGGGGGGGAGGCUGGCAGCCCCUUCGACAGCAGGGUUCUACACGCGGGGGAGGUUGUAGGCCAAGGCAACAAGGCCAAAGAGAAGUACAUUGCGCAGCUCUGGUGUCACAAGAAACCGUACCCGCCGUCGGUGCCCGAGGGAUCUUCCCACGAGGCAGCCGAGAAGCCGAUUGUCGACUACGUACGGCGUUUUGCGGAGGCAGGAGUGAGCCUGGAGUGAUGCUGCUGCGCACUGGGCCCCCUGUGUAGCGUUUGAUGUUCAAGUGACUUGAUGGAGCAGAGUUGGUAGCGUACAGGGGUACAGCACGUUGUGUCGUUCGUGUUCGUUG